AUGGACAGAGUCACCAGGCACCUCGUCUUCCAGCUCCCGCAGACCUCGCACAAGCACGACUACGAUGGUCACCACGCCGGCUCGUUUGCUGAGCAGAGGGCCAACAGUGACGACGAUGUGUUUGGCUCUACUCAAUACAGCAGCCAGAGGGCGGAAAAUGGCUAUGGCUGGAAAACGAGGUCAAAGUCACCCUCAUAUUUCCUCGAUGGUGGAAAAGAUGUCUGGACCCCAUCCCCAGACAGGGAGUCCAAGCUGGAGGUGGUGAGGUCGGGAAGCUUGUAUGACCUCAGGGCUUACAGAGGUGAGAGGAAGCCCUCAAAGCUUUACGAUGAGGAUGAGCUGGAACAGUACAGAGUCCCACCACCGAACAUCUCACCUGAGAAAGCCAGAGAGCUCGAAGACGAGAGGAGGGAAGUCAUCCGGAGCCAGGUGAUGAGGAAGAGCUCCACCAUGGCUGAGAGGUGGAGCUCCAUGGAUGAGCUGAGCUCCAUAAACACCAGCAUGGGCAGCCGGGGUGAUGGCAGGCACACGGGCAGCUUCACCACCAGCUUCGCCGUGUGCUUUGAUAAGUCUUCCUCGGGAAGGGCAGUGACGCCUGUUGACCCUGAAAAUAUUGACACGGAGCAGAUCAACUUCUCUGCUGCUCGACAGCAGUUCCUGAUGCUGGAAAAGACCAACCCAGGCUCUUUUGUCAGCCCGGGGCAACAGGCCAUGUCUCCAAAGCCAGAGUCCAUGACAAAAGUCUCCAGGCAAGAGUGGCCCAGUCCCAAGAUGGCCACGAAGGCUGCGAGAGGUUACGGUAACACUGAUGCGUCCAGCCAGAGCGGGACGGACAAGACCGUUUAUCAGGUUUAUAGUGUGUCCUACAAGACACCUGUGAAGGAGGAGGUUUAUGCUUCCAGAAGGGCUGAUACCGAGAGGUCAUAUCCCACCGGGAAAAUGUCCCGCUUCACUAAAACGUAUUCCAGAGAGGACCUCGACUCCGGCUUGGGUGAGAUGUAUAACGAAGGCAAUGCAGGCUACACCAGCGACGGAAGCACAUCCAACGAGAUCUUCAAUGGCCUUGUGGAUCUGAGGGAUGGCAGCGGUGACCCGGACAAGGAGACGAAGAUGAGCAAUGAGACGCCCAUCGAGCGGGAGAUCCGCAUGGCAAUGGAGAGGGAGGAGAACCUCUGGAAGGAGAGGGGGAUUCAGCGGCUGACCUCCAGCAGUGAGCUGGUGGAGAUCCAAACGAAGCCUCUCCUCUCCAUGCACACCUCUCCCGGCCCAGGCAGGAAAGGGAAGGACAAAGGCCGCGCUUCCCUUUACGUCCAGAGGGAAAUCGAGCAGGAAACCAAGCGCGAGGAGGAUCUGAGGAAGCAAGGGAGGCUGCUGGGGACGUAUGACAGGGGGACGCAGCAGGAGCUGGAUGAGCGCAGGAGGGUGUUUGAGCAGGAGGAAGCCCCUCCGCAGAAGCCCACCCCCACGAGGAAGGCGGAGGAGCGAAGGAGCUGGGUUCAUGAGUCUGUGGUGGAACAGCCCAGGAGCCACAGCCCUCACCCCGCAGAAGACACCGGGGGUGGGAGAGACCUUCCCAGCUCUGCAGUGAGCAUCACGCACUUCCAGGCGCCCCAACCGCGCUUCGCCGCCAGCGAGAGGAGCCGGGACCAGCCCCUGGUGUCCCAGCACGUUUCCGCCAGUGCCAGCAAGUGGGGGAGCAAGGAUUCCCAGGGAGGAAGGCUUCCUGACUCCACCCCGAGCCCCGCCGGCACGACUGUCCUGCCCAGAGAGUACUUCUUCUUCUCCUUCUGGAAGCCCAAGCUCUCCUUCGUGGACGACAUGGGGACGCAGAGGAGGGAGGACGGCCGGGAGGAGCAGUACAAGCUGAGGACCUGGAAGCCCCAAACAUCGGCGCUGAUCGAGGAGGAGAUCCGGAGUGACUUGCAGAGGGAAGAGGAGCUGCAGGAGCAGCGGCGGCGGCGGCAGCUGAUAGAUGGCUACUCCAUGGUCAGCAGCGACGGCUUUCCCCAGGAGGGCUCCCGCUCACGGCACAGCUCCGGAUUUGCUGAGAUGCCCUACGCAGGCAUUGAACCCGUCGACAAGAUCAACACGGAGGUUGUGGAAAGCACCAGAGUGACUCGCCACAAGAGCGCCAUGGCCCAGCGCUGGGAGGCAGGGCAGUACGUCAGGGACGAUGACUGA